AUGGUCCCUGUCCAAUUCUUCACAGGUGGGGCUACUGGUCACGGGUGGGGCUGCUGGUCACAGGUGGGGCUGCUGGUCACAGGUGGGGCUGCUGGUCACGGGUGGGGCUGCUGGUCACAGGUGGGGCUGCUGGUCACGGGUGCGGCUGCUGGUCACAGGUGGGGCUGCUGGUCACAGGUGGGGCUGCUGGUCACGGGUGGGGCUGCUGGUCAUAGGUGGGGCUGCUGGUCACAGGUGGGGCUGCUGGUCACAGGUGGGGCUGCUGGUCACAGGUGGGGCUGCUGGUCACAGGUGGGGCUGCUGGUCACAGGUGCCUGGUGCUGGCGGCUGGCGCUGGUGCUGGUGCCUGGUGCUGGCGGCUGGCGCUGGUGCUGGUGCCUGGUGCUGGCGGCUGGCGCUGGCGCUGGUGCCUGGUGCUGGCGGCUGGCGCUGGUGCCUGGUGCUAGCGGCUGGCGCUGGUGCCUGGUGCUGGUGACUGGCGCUGGUGCUGGUGCCUGGUGCUGGCGCUGGUGCCUGGUGCUGGCGGCUGGCGCUGGUGCUGGUGCCUGGUGCUGGCGGCUGGCGCUGGUGCUGGUGCCUGGUGCUGGCGGCUGGUGCUGGUGCUGGUGCCUGGUGCUGGCGGCUGGCGCUGGCGCUGGUGCCUGGUGCUGGCGGCUGGCGCUGGUGCUGGUGCCUGGUGCUGGUGGCUGGCGCUGGUGCCUGGUGCUGGCGGCUGGCACUGUGCCGGUGCUGGUGCUGGUGACUGGCUUCGGUGCUGGUGCUAGUUCCUGGUGCUGGUGGCUGGCGCUGGUGCUGGUGCCUGGUGCUGGCGGCUGGCGCUGGUGCUGGUGCCUGGUACUGGCGGCUGGCGCUAGUGCUGGUGCCUGGUGCUGGCGGCUGGCGCUAGUGCUGGUGCCUGGUGCUGGCGGCUGGCGCUGGUGCUGGUGCCUGGUGCCGGCGGCUGGCGCUGGCGCUGGUGCCUGGUGCUGGCGGCUGGCGCUGGUGCUGGUGCCUGGUGCUGGCGGCUGGCGCCGGUGCUGGUGCCUGGUGCUGGUGCUGGUGUUCCGCCGCCACUCCCUUCCCCCUUUUCCUCUCUCCCCCACAGCAUUCCGCCGCCACUCCCUUCCCCCUUUCCCUCUCCCCCUACAGCUAGCUGGUGGGGCGGCUGACUUCAGGGUGAGGUGA